AUUGAUUCUCGAUAACGUUAUGUUGGUGAUGGAUAAACAGCAUGAUAACUCUGUUUUAAAUGUCAUGCAAGAACUUGGAGUAGUGCCUGUUUAUGGUUGGAAAGCUCGUUUCGACAAUAAAAGCAAAGUCAAAUGCCGUCCAUUCACGGUUCCACGACCUUCUCAAAUGAAGGAUGUCCUAGGAAUGUCUUUCAGAUAUACUUUCCGGUUUUAUAUACAAAAACGCUUCGUCGAACAACGACUACCCUUCAUUGAUCCAGUCAACCAUGUACCUUGGAAACCGAUUUAUGGCGUACCGAUGGGUGGUAUUGGGAGUGGCUCUAUAGGGCGUGGUUUUCGUGGAGAGUUCUGUCGAUCUUCCCUGAUACCAGGUAUGUACUGUUACAAGGUGCAACCUGCUGAUCAGUUCAUAGCAACUGUCAGAAAGAACGGUUUAACUGUUUAUCAUCAAGUUUUAUCACCUCUAACUAAACCACCAACAAAUGAAAAAGGAUUAAGAAAAUGGCUAUGGGGUUUUCGUCCUGAAAAUGGUAAUUAUGUUGGUUUGUAUCCCCGAUCAUGGACAAUUUAUGAAAUUCCUGAACUCCAUCUUGUAUUAGUAUGCCAGCAAAUAUCUCCUGUAAUACCACAUGACUAUCAGGUGACAUGUCUUCCAGUCACUGUAUUUUAUUGGAAGAUUUUGAGUUGGAACAAGGAAAAUUUAGAAGUGACUAUCACUUUCUCAUGGCGUGGUCCUGCUCCUCACCAACGAACUAAGAUGAAUGAUCUCCCCAAAUCAUCUGCUUCAAUGAGUGGGAAUAUCAACGGUUGUGAUUCCACUAAAUUGCACAGUACCACUACUGUACCUACUGAGAAAAAUUCUUUCAGUGUCUAUGCUCAACGAUCGUCAUCCUUUGCUGUUGGUAGUAGUUUACGUGGAUGCCUUUUGGAGAGGAUUAUUGGAAACGAAAUACCCUGUUGUUUUGGUAUUGUGGCUAAGUCAACAGACAAGGUGAAAGUGAGUAGAUGUCCUGGAUUUCGUUUAAGCGAUGAACCACACCUCAAUACAGUCACCGAAGAAAAACAACAUAUUGACCAUCCAGAAAGUAAUGUGAAGGAUUAUUCAGAUGGGCCAACUUAUCAAUCAUACAGUAAAGCACCGUCUGCUUCAGAAUUCUGGAAUGACCUCCAAUCUGGUUGUAUACCAUCUGAUUCUCAUGCAACUGGGUAUACUGUAUCAUUUGGUGCUGAAACCAAGAAGUCACCCAAACUUGCGAUUGCUGUAAGCGCAACAACUACUGUUUCUAUGUUCAAUUCGAAUGAUAAUCUUGAUCCCAGUCAAAGUGAAUUUGAAUUUGCUAUCACCUGGCAUUCUCCAAUAGUUAGAUUUCGAACAGGUGAUGUUGUUUAUACUCGUCGAUAUGUCCGAUGGUUUCCUAUUGAUGGAAUAUCUGGUGCUAAGUUAUUAUUGAACAAUGCAAUAGAUAACUGGAGACAGUGGGUUCAAAAAAUUGAAGAAUGGCAAAAUCCUAUUCUCAAAAAUAAAUCACUUCCAGAUUGGUAUAAAUCCGCUUUAUUUAAUGAGUUAUACUAUCUCUGUGAUGGUGGCAGUGUUUGGCUUGAUCCUAUACAAGUUGAUUGUUUCCAGUCAGAUUCGGUGAACUGUAUACCACUUGAUUUUGUACGAGGUUAUAAAAGUGGUUUAGAUUUAGAUCCAUAUGAGUUAACUGGUCGCAAAAUUAAAACACCAACUUCAGUGACGGAAGAGGUAAAAGUUGAUUCUUGGGAUCAUCGUGCUAGGUUAGGACGUGAAAUAGGCUUAUUCGGAUAUCUUGAAGGUCAUGAAUAUCGAAUGUACAAUACAUAUGACCUACAGUUAGCUAUAAAUUAUGAUUGUGCUGAUUUGGCGAUAGCGGAAGAUUCAACUACGGUCUACUAUAUUCAUCGAGGUCAAAAUUUAGUCAGAAGUUCUGAAUGUGCUGUUGUCCAUGACUAUGGUGAUCCAGAAGAUGAACCUUGGCGAUGUCCUAAUGCUUACAUUAUGUUUCCCACUGAUGCAUGGAAAGACUUAAACUCAAAAUUUAUAUUACAAGUUUGGCGAGACUGGCGCCUUACACAAGAUCACCAGUACUUAUUAUAUAUGCUUCCUAUAGUCUCGAGAAUCCUUAGAAAAUCUCUAGGAGCUUGGGAUUCUGAUAAUGAUGGAAUAAUUGAGAAUUCCGGAUUUCCUGAUCAAACAUAUGACACAUGGUCUGCGAAAGGCUUAAGUGCAUAUACCGGUGGUCUUUGGCUUGCCUGUCUGUACGCUACACUUGAUAUGCUGUCUUGGGCGUUAACUAGUGAUUCACCUGUUUACAGUCAAAUGGUUUGUAAUACAGAUGAUUCUAAGCGUUCUUGGACUGAAGUGAAAGAGGAAAUUCACAGGCUGUUUAUGAAAGCUCGUGUUACAUAUGAUUCAAAAUUAUGGACAGGUAAGUGCUAUGCAUACCAAACACAUAGUUCUUCUAAACGGAAAGUUGUUAUGGCCGGUCAGUUGAGUGGAUAUUGGUUCGCUCGUGUAACUGGUGUCCCACCAAAUUUAAUUUUACCCAGAUAUCAUGUUAUAAAAAGUCUACAAACAAUUUCUGAUUGUAACUGGCAUGGUGUAAAAAAUGGUGUUUUAGGAGCGAUAAACGGCUGUCUUCUAGAUUCAAAACGUGAUACCAGUAAUGUUCAAGCUGAAGAAUUUUGGGUUGGCGUAAACUACUCACUUGCUGCUCUGAUGAUUGCUGAGGGGAUGAUUGACGAAGGAUUUGCUCUUGCCGAAAGAUGUUACAACACAAUUUAUAAUCUCUGUGGACUACAUUUUCAAACACCUGAAGCCUACAUGACUGAUGGACGUUUUCGUUGCCCUGGAUAUAUGCGUGCAUUAGCCAUUUGGAGCAUACAACAAACACUAGAACUGACAAAUAUCCACCCAUACUCAAGUGUUUUAGAUAGUAACAUAAAGUUUACCGAUGUUUAG